AUGGUUCGGACACCAGCAGAGGUCGGAUUUGAACUUAUCACCACUACUAAGAUUGAAGAGCUUCUAAACACAUUGCUGGCAAAAUUGAAGGAAAUCAGAGAAAGAUACAAUGGUGAGUUGGAAUACAUGAAAUCAUCAGAUCCACAGGUUGUUGGGAUAGCCGCUCUGUCUGCUUUGGAGUAUUUGGACGAGAAUGAUCAAGCUAGUCCUUAUAUCGAGCAGCUCAUUAAAAGACUUGAAGCAAUUCCACAAAGCGAAAGAACUGCUAAAUUCUUAAACCCCCAAUGGAAUAUUUCAAUUCAAAAUAACAAAUCGAAGAAAUUGAGAAGUGUUGGUAAUGAGAAUUUGUAUCAUGAGACUGAUAUUGAACGUACAAUUGAAAUAGCUGAAUUAUACGCAUAUAACAAGCUAUACAGUGAAGCAGCAAACGUUUUAUUAACUUCAGCAAUGGGAUCACCAACGUGUCAAUUGGCAGAGUAUUCUGCUAAAGUAGGAAUCUUACAAGCACAAUAUCAGAAUGUUUUCAACCAGGAUAAAAGAGUCGAGGCAUUUUUGACUUUAUCUUUAUCAAAUGAGCUUUACCUCAAGAGAUUAACAGAGCAGGAAGUUAUAUCAUAUUGGAGAGUCAAAUAUUUGAUAUUAUUUGCAUAUUUCCUCAAAAAGGAUUUCAAAGAGGUUACAGAGCAAAUAUUCAAACUUAUAACGGCUCCAUCCAUCCAAACCGCAUCUGGGAAAAAUAUAUCAGCUCUUCAAAUUCUUAAGGAUUCAAAUUUUGGUAAUUUCAUACACCGAGACGAAAUUGAGUUUGCUUCAUUCUUAUCAAUAUUAGCUCAUAAGUCACCAAAGGAGCUGGCAGAUAUAGUGAAUGAUGAACAUUUUAUAGCACUAAUAGGGACAAAAGUAUCAGAAACUCGCCCAUAUUUUUUGGCAUUAAACUCAGCUCAGUUUAAACAGUUGAAUUUAUUGUUGGACAAUUUGGAAGGAAAAACAAAGUCAAAUGUUUUCUUCAGGAAAGUUUGGCCAGUUUUAAGGCUAAGAAUGAGGGAAAGGGGAUAUAACUUAUAUUUGAAUCUCUCAUCGAAAAUUUCAGCAGACCAUUUAUCGAAAAGAUUGAAUAUUCCAAAAGAGCAGGUUAUUUCUGAAAUUCAAGAUCAUGUUAAAAAACUCCGCUUAGAGGUUGUUUAUGACCCAGAAACUGAAAUCUUUGAAGCUAAGAAAACAGAUAGAAGAUUUGAACUAGCUUCAAAAUUACAAAAACUUUCAGAAGAUUGUGACACUGUUGAAGCUAAUUUAAGAGAAAAACUUGAUUUAACACAACAAAAGGCAGAAAGAGCAGGUAAAAGUAUCGACAGAUGA